AUGGAGGACCACGAUGUGACGACCAUCCUACAUGUUUUUCGACCGGCUCUGAACCUAGGCAUCGAUGAGAAGGAGCUCGACGCUGCCUUGCGAAUCGUCAAGUUCCAGGCACACAACAGCUUCGUGUCAGAGAUGGAUGCCAUGCGCAACAAGACUUGUGAGGUCAUGGCCUCCUUGGAGAAGCUCCAUGUACAGCUCACGGAGCAGACCCAGAAGAAGGUGGAGCGCGUGGGGGAAGAGCUGGAGGAGCGUAUGAUGAAGAUGCUCGACAACGUGGCGGCGCGCUUCUCCGGCGCGCUGGAUGCCUACGCGUCUCAGGAGACUGGCAAGAGCAAGGGCAAAGAGCAGCCGGACUCGGAGGCCGAUGCCAAGAAGGACAAGGGGCAUCCAUCGAAGGAGGAUCUCCGCCAGAAGUUUGGCCUUGCCGACAGCCGCUAUGACGAGCUUGUCGCGGAGUUGGAGAAUGCCGGCGACACAGAGGCAAAGUACGCGAAGGCGCUGGAGCUGUCCGGCGGAGAGAAACGACUCCAAAAACACAAGGAGAAGAGCGAGGAGCUGCAGAAGAAGUACGGCCUCCACGAAGCGCACCGUGCCCUCCUCCCGCCCGGCGAGCGCAACGCGCGCAGCAUUAAGGUGAACUUCCAGCCAUUCUUCCAGACGCUGCCCGAGCUCUUCAAGUUUGCCGAGGAGGAGAAGCACCACUUCUUCGACCUGGUGGAGAGGGUGGCCAAGGCAACGAACGGGACCUACGCGAAGCCACCUCUGAAAGGACCGGAGCGCUGCAUCUCCAAAGCUCACUUUAAGUAUGUGGACAGCGCCGGCAGGGUCGAAUGGCACCGGCUCACGGACAUCGUGCGUGACACCCUCAUCUUCGAGAACUUGUCAGACAUGUACGCGGGCCUUCAGCUGAUCGAGCAGGACCGAAGCGUAGAGAUCGUGGAGCUGAACGACAGGUUCCAGAAGAGCCUCGACGGCGGCUACCGGGACCUUCAGCUCACAGUUCGAGUGGGGAAAGGGCUCAUGUGCGAGCUGCAGAUGAACACGAAGUUCUUCCUCUACGUGAAGGAGACCAGCGGCCACCGUGCCUUUGAGGUCAGGCGCCAGUUGGUGGCCGACGUCACAGCCAAUGACACGGGCGGGACUGCCAAGACGUUGGAGUGGGCUGCCAAGCAGCCGGAGGCCCUGGAAGCUGUGCUGGCCGCGCGCAAGUCUCCCUUGCUUCACAUCGCGGCCGAGAAGGGAAAUUCCGACCUGGUGCACCUCUUUCUCCAGCACCGUGCCGACGUCAACCUGGCCGAGGACAAGACUGGGCGAACUCCCUUGCAUGAGGCGAUGUCCCAGGGCCGCUCCUGCGCUGCGUGGGCGCUCAUCACGGCCGGGGCGCGACAAGAAGCAAAGGACGCAGAUGGCCACACAGCCCUGACCCUCGGCCGUCUCAUGCAGAGAAUGUUCCCCGAGAGUGAGCCGGUUGCAAGGUGCGUGUGUAUGCUCUCACAAAGGCUGGGCGUGCAGGAGCUGCAGCUCUCGACAAAGGCCUUCGAAGAGGAGGUGCGCCGCCGGCUGAUGAACAGCUCCGAGUUGGUGACGCUGGCCUUCGACGGCGACGAGGCCAAGGUCCUCGAGAAGCUCCGGGACUGGAAAGACCCGGAGAGCCAGAACACGGAGGGCCAGCGGCCCUUGCACCAGGCUCUUGCCAAAGGCCACCUGAAAGUGGCCAGGCACCUGAUGCUCUACAAGGCCGAUGUUUGGCAGAAGGCGAACGGCCGAACCGCCGUCUCCGUGGCGCUGGAGCACCCCGAUGGCCUGCAGCUCCUCAUCGACGCGCACCGGGAUGAUGAGGACGCUUCCGACCUGAUGUCAGGAAGCAACGAGGCCCUCUUUCGCGCCGCGCAAGAGUUGAAGGAGAUGCGGGAGGCUGCGCAGCCGGAUGCUGACGACCAGACUGGCGUGCCGGCGCUGCAGCUGGCCGCCGCCACCGACGACCUGGAAGCCCUCAAAGAGCUGCUGGACAAGGGCCAGGACAAGGAUGCCAAGGACGCCGGAGGCCACACGGCCCUGAUGGUGGCUGCCCGGCAUGGCAGGGUGGAGUGCCUCACGGAGCUGCUCCAGCGCGACGCAGACAAGGAGGCCCGUGACGAAGAGGGCCGGACAGCGCUGAUGCUCGCUGCUGCUAAAGGCCAGCGAGAUUGCCUGGAAGCGCUCCUGCAGGCGGGUGCAGACAAGGAGGCCCACGACGAAGAGGGUCGGACAGCGCUGAUGCUCGCUGCCGCUGAAGGCCAGCGAGAUUGCCUGGAAGCGCUCCUGCAAGCGGGUGCAGACAAGGAGGGCCGUGACGAAGAGGGCAACACGGCGCUGAUGCUCGCUGCCGCUGAAGGCCAGCGAGACUGCCUGGAAGCGCUCCUGCAAGCGGGAGCGGACAAGGAGGCCCACGACGAAGAGGGCCGGCCGCCGCUGAUGUUCGCUGCCGCCGAAGGGCAGCGAGACUGCCUGGAAGCGCUCCUGCAGGCGGGUGCAGACAAGGAGGCCCACGACGCAGAGGGCCGGACGGCGCUGAUGUGGGCUGCCCGUUGUGGCCAGCGAGACUGCCUGGAAGCGCUCCUGCAGGCGGGUGCAGACAAGGCCCGAGCUCGCCUGUGGAAGACUCCCAGCUUGAGCUGCCGAACCGAGCUAAGGACACUGAUUGCCUUCAUUCUUUGGGGCUCAGUGCUUCACCAGGGCGUUGCACAAGCACGAGCGACUGACGGAAGCUUCGUGCCUGCGGUGGAGCCAGGCCGCCAGGCGGAGACGUGCACGCACUCGAACCUCUUGGGUUGCUACUGGAACCUGGGGUCUGCUUCCGUCGAGCGCCGGAGUGACGUGGAUGGCGUGCUGCGCGCCGAAUCCUUCUUUGGCCGCCUCCCUGCCUCAUGA